AUGUCUCCAUUGAAAUCGAGACUUUGGUUAUCCUUAUCCAGUCGUGCAGAAGAUAGGUUAAUAUCAGGAGCUCCGGUGGAGAGACAAGAAGAAGAUAGUCGUUGUUGCCAAGGGAAGGAAGCACCGCCGGAGUUGGCGGCGUUGCCAGAGACCUGUGGUUCGCCAGAAAAUCCCCUGAUGCACAACUAUUGUACGUUGGGGGAGUUUCGAGGGCUGGAAAUCAAUGUUAGUCAUUUUGGUGGUCCAUAUGUUAUGAUUGUUGCUUCAGGUUUUUCUCAGGAUCAUGAGACGGCACCGUCUCGAUUGUACACACCAGAGGAAGAGUUAUGUUUUGAGGAUCCUGGACUAUUAAUUGAUUGA